AUGAUAGAUAUCAAUGUUGCAAAAUACACCAAAGAUAACUGGGAAUCUUUAAGACACGAGUGGGAACCUUACGCUAAAAGAGAUACGUUAUGUCUUGGAAGUUGUUUCAUAAAAUAUAACAAAGUCACGAAAGAAGUUGUAAACCAAAAUAUGUCCAAUAAUCUAACGGCUCCAUCUUUAUCUUUUAAGGGUUGGUAUUAUUUGUAUCAUUGCGAUAAAGAAAUGGUUGAAGAAAAAUGGUAUGAAACUACUAGAAUGGUUCUGAAACAUACUGAAAAGGAAAAUAUAGAAAAAGUUUAUUCGCACACUAAUCCUUUUAUAAGACAUUAUAUCAGACGAUCUAUUAAAGGAGGAAGGGUUUCGGCAAAUACAAAAAUAUUUGAAACGAACAAAAUGGAUGAAAUUUGUAAUGUAUUAAAGGAAUUUAUUUCACAAAGUGAAACUAAAAGUAUUUCACAAAGUGAAACUGAAACCAUGUCAGAUUUAGACAGUGAAUAUCAAAAAAGUGCUAUACCGUUUCCUCCAGAAGAAGACAAAUUUUUUGUAAAACUCUUCAAUGAAGAGAAAUUAAGACCUAGAACAGCUAUUUUAACAGUGUGGUUUGACUAUCCCAAAAACAUAUUCUUCCAACCGAUACCAGCUAAAGAUAAUAUCACUUUCACAAAUAAAGAAGGAAACAAGGAAACUGGCAGUAAAAUCGGGUUUAAAAAUGGUUUCUGUUCAGAUGUUUUAACAUCGGUCGAUAUUCAAGAAAUAGUUAAAGCCGGUGGACGAAUUAUUAGAAUAUUAGAUGGUUUAGUAUACGAAGAAAAUUUUAAAACUCCACCAUAUAGAGAUUAUAUUUUAAUUUUAAGAGAUCGCAGAAAUAAAUAUAAACGAGAAGGUAAUAUUGUGGGUAGUAAUUGCAUGAAAUUAUUAGUCAAUUCCUUGUAUGGUAAAUCUAUUCAGAAGGAAAUCAUUUGUGGAAUGAAGUAA